GCACGUCCAGAGUCCCGACUGGCGCCUUUGUGCAACAUCACGUCUUUGUUUGCCGUAUCCUCGCCGUCUUCGCUCAGAGAGACUGCGAGCCGAGAACCGUGUCAUACCACUUCCUGACCUGAGGAGAUGGCAUUGUCGGCCACAUGCGAUCGGAAGAUGCUGCUGGAAAAUUACUUUAUGAGCGCGCAGAAGAAGGAGAGGCGCGGUGCAAUUGCUUUUCCUCCUCCUACAAUCAAACCAACUGAAUUACUCUUCUCCGGAUAAUAUAGAAGUUGAACAAAGCCAUGACUACACUCGCGCUCCAACCCUUCGCCACCAAAGCCAUCCUCGUCACCGGCGCCGCCCAAGGCAUCGGCCUCGCCAUAGCGCGCUACCUCGCCCGACGCGGCGCCAACCUUGCGCUCGCCGACCGCAAGAAAGCCGAACUCGAAAGCGCGUCGGCGGCCAUCGCGAAGGAGAAUCCAGACGUCAAGAUCAUGUCUCGCGCCGUCGACGUCUCCAACACGCACGAAGUGAACGCCUUCGUUGCCGACACGGUGCGCACAUUCGGCAAGCUGAACGGAGCCGUGAACAAUGCGGGAAUCCUCGGGAAAUGGGGAAAUAUUGAGGAUAUCAAGGAUGAGGACUGGCAGCGCGUGCAACAAAUCAACCUAGGCGGUGUAAUGAGGUGUCUGAGAGCGGAACUGGGCGUCAUCGAAGAGGGGGGAAGUAUCGUGAAUAUGUCGAGCGUGGCGGGUCUGAUCGGCUUCCCUGGCCUGUCGCCAUAUGUCUGCUCGAAGCACGCUGUCAUCGGGCUGACCAAGUGCGCGGCGAAGGAAGCCGGCGCGAGGAAUGUGAGGGUCAAUGCAGUGUGCCCUGGCCCGAUCGUGACUCCUAUGUUGGACGAGGUCUACCAUGGCACGACGCUACCUACGCCUCCGAUCGCGAGGGACGGCCAGCCUGAAGAGAUUGCUUCUGUUGUGGGAUACUUGCUUGGCGAUGAGAGCAAGUACACGUCGGGUGUCUGCAUUCCGGUUGAUGGGGCUGGCUAUGCGUGCUGAAAGAUGAUUACCUAAAGCGCUGGCGGCCCUUUUACGCUGUCGAUUACACGUCCUGUAUACAUUCUUCCAGCGUUCCCGUUGGCUGUUCUUUUUAGGUUGCGAAGGAGUAAGAUAUGGGAGGCGAACUGAACUCUUUUCUUUAGGAGCGAUAUACCAUGAUACAAUGCGAUAAUAUGCCUUCUACCUGCUGUUCCCUAUUC